AUGGAAGCAUCUAGAACUCAGAGUGCAGCUUCAAGUUGUAGUGUGCGUGAAAAGGUGGAUAUUACGUGGAAUCAUUUUAGUGAGAUUAAAAGAGCUGAGGGGAAGAGACAAUUCAAAUGUUUGCAUUGUGGUAUUGUGUACAAGGGAGGAGGAAUAAAUAGAAUGAAACAACAUCUAGCAAGAGUUAAAGGGAAUAUAGCAGCAUGCAAGAAUGUUCCACAUGAUGUUAGAUUUCAAAUGCAGGAGAACUUAAAGGAUAUUUCAAAAAGAAAACAACAAGUGCAGGAGGAGUUAGAAAGUACACCAUUUCCAAUAGAUGCUAAAGUAGACGAAGGAGGGAAUUCUUCCUCCCUACCUAAAUCCCAAUCCUCUAAAGCAUAUCUAUUAGAACUUGCUAAGGGGAAGAGAAAGCUUGUUGAGAUUGACACUUUCUUUGCUCCAAGAACAAAAUCAAGUUCACAACCUUCAAUCAAAAGUGUUUUGGCAUCUAAGGAAGCAGUACAUCGUGCUGACCUAGUUGUAGCAAGUUGGUUUUUUUAUUGUUACAUACCUUUCAAUGCCUUAAAUUUACCAUAUGCACAGAAAGCUGUGGAUGCUAUAACUACUAUAGGUCCUGGAUAUAAGCUUCCAUCUUACCAUAAUAUGAGGGUUAACCUACUUAAGGAUUGUAAAGAGGAGUGUAGGUUACUCAUUGAUUGCUAUAGAAAUACUUGGAAGGACACAGGAUGUACUCUUAUGGCGGAUGGAUGGACUGAUGGAAGGAGUAGAACAUUAAUAAAUUUUAUGAUUUAUUACCCCCGUGGUGUAUCUUUUUUGAAAUCAGUGGAUGCAUCAGAUAUUGUUAAGGAUGCUACAAACUUGUGCUCAUUAUUUAGUGAAGUUGUUGAGUGGGUAGGGCCUGAAAAUAUUGUUCAGCUUGUUACCGAUAAUGUUGCUAAUUACAAGAAAGGAGUUGAGUUCUUACAAGCUAUAUUCAACAACAUUUAUUGGUUGCCUUGUGCUGUACAUUGUUUGAAUUUAAUUUUGAAAGACUUGGGCAGCAUGCCUCUCAUAGAGGACAAGGCAAAGAAAGCAUCCAAGGUGACGAUUUUUGCUUAUAAUCAUGUUUAUGUACUUGCUUGGCUUAGGAAAAGGCAAGGUUGGAAGGAGAUUGUGCAUCCAAGAGCCACACGGUUUGCAACAACUUUCAUAACCUUAAAGAGUGUAUGUGAGCAUAAACAUGAUCUACAAGCUUUAAUUACAAAUUUUUGGGUCCUUGAUGAGGAAUCACCUCCAGAUCUUGCAUUAGAGGAGUUGGAAACUGAGAUAUACGAAGAGGCUUCAAUACAUGUUGUUGAAGAAGCAAAUAUUGCAUCCACUCAGCCUACACCUGAUGAACUUGAGAAUAAAGGAGAUGGAGAUGACAUUAUGGACUUCAAUGAUUUAUGUGCAUUUGUGGCUGCAAAUUUUGGUGAAGCGGGACAUGAAGACUUAAAUUAUGAGGAUAGCUUUCACGAUGCAAAUUAG